AUGGACUCUCUUAAAGCCCACCCCUACCUCAUCCCAACCCUCACCACCAUAUCCGCGACAGCGCUAACCACCCUCCUCGCCCUUGCCAUCAAAGACUACCGGGCCUACACCUCGCUCGGCCCGCACGGGCUCCCUGACACCUUCCGUGGCUGGGCUACGCAACUCUACAUGACGCGCCUCGGCGCCCGCAAAGACGUCACUGUGCCCGCGCCGUACGAUCUAGCUCGCGCCGCUCAGACCACGGGUGACGCUAUUGCCGCCACCACUAGCUACUUACGUCGGAGCGGCGGUAAACGCCUGUCUUUGCGUCAGGGGCCAAGACCCACAAUCCCGGGUUUUGUAGCGCCGCAGCGGCAGGUAACUGACGUCGCCUCUCCAGAGCGGAAGGGGGAGAUGUUCGAGUACUUGGGAAAACUAGUCGCGGCGAAUAUGGAACUACUGCAGUCGGAGUUGUCAGUUUUGGAGGGCCCAGUGCCGGCGGUGCAGAUUAGGAAGGGGUUGGAACGGCCGGCUGUGUUGGAGAAGACGAGGGGGGAGUUGGUACACGUUCACAUUCUGGAUGGGAGUACGCAUUUGGUCUUGAGCUUGGCGGACCAGAAGCAUAUUAUUAAACAGGGCUGGGGGCAGAGGCAUAGACUCAGUGGUGGGAGGAUUCUGCCUUGGGGUUAUACGUUGGUUUAUGCGCCCAAGGAUGAGGGGGAGAUGGGGGUUUGGAAGGAGGUUGUGGGGGCGGCAGAGAAUGUAAUAGUCGCGGUGUUAGACGGAGGUGCCGAGAUAGUAGUUGUCAUUUCGACAACGGGACGAAGGCACAAGAAGCGCGAGGAAGGCUGUGGUCCCCAUAAUGACGGCGUUCCCGAAUACCACCAGAUCGUAGCCUAUGAGUCCGCGGGUAUGUUUGAGGAGCUGGUAGCCGGUCCUUUCGACUACCGGUUGUCCAUACGAAGUCCCCGGAGGUUCGCUUGA